UGCAGUGAGGAAGAAAGUAUCAAAAAGCAUCCGCCUUCGCGGCCAUGGCUGAUGAAGGUUUAAUAGCUAAAGAUAUGUAUGUAUACAUUGAAUUAUCAUCAGUCUCGUAGGAAUAACUCUUACCGAAAAAAAUGGGAAGCUUAAGCAACAACAACAAGAGACUCUUCGGCCAUAAUCAAACCACUCCUUGCACGCGUAUUCACCAGAUCGGUGCCCUAGCUAUCGUCGUCACUACCUUCUUCCUCACUAGAUUCUUCGAUCAAUCCUCUUUCUCGUCUUGCAACCCUAAUUCCGCCGAUUUAUCAAAUCAAGAACGUCGUCACGCGGUUCAUUUUUCUGAAACCGGAUCUCUCUCUUGGCCGGAAAGAGGAUACGGUUCAGAUAUCUCACUCAAAGUAUAUGUUUACGAUGAGAACGAGAUUGAUGGUUUAGGAGUUCUAAUGCGCGGCCGCGACGGCAAGAUCUCCGCCGAUUCUUGUGUUAAAGGUCAAUGGGGAACUCAGGUUAAAAUUCAUAGGAUGCUUUUAGAAUCAAGGUAUAGAACAAGAAUCAAAGAGGAGGCAGAUCUUUUCUUUGUGCCUGCUUAUGCUAAAUGUGUCCGUAUGAUGGGUGGUUUAACUGAUAAAGAGAUUAACCAGACUUAUGUGAAGGUAUUGAGUCAAAUGCCGUAUUUCAGGCUAUCUGGAGGCCGCGAUCAUAUCUUCGUUUUUCCAAGUGGUGCUGGAGCUCACUUGUUUAGAUCCUGGGCUACAUACUUAAAUCGCUCUAUAAUACUCACUCCGGAGGGUGACAGAACAGAUAAACGAGAUACGAGUGCAUUCAAUACGUGGAAAGAUAUCAUUAUACCUGGAAAUGUUGAUGAUGGAAUGACGAAAAUUGGAUCUGGGUUAGUGAAACCUAUACCUUUAUCAAAGAGGAAAUAUUUGGCUAACUUUUUGGGCCGAGCUCAGGGGAAGGCUGGUCGCCUUCAAUUGAUUGAACUUGCUAAGCAAUACCCAGAUAAGUUGGAAUCACCAGAGUUGGCUUUCAGUGGCCCUAAUAAAUUGGGUAGGAGUCAGUACUUUGAACACCUAGCCAAUGCUAAGUUCUGCCUAGCACCACGUGGCGAAUCCUCGUGGACUUUGCGCUUUUACGAGUCUUUCUUUGUGGAGUGUGUCCCUGUUGUCAUAUCGGAUCAAGUGGAGUUGCCGUUUCAGAAUGUUAUCGAUUACACGCAGAUAUCGAUUAAAUGGCCAUGGAAUCGUAUAGGAUCCCAACUUUUGCAGUACCUAGAAUCAAUACCGGAUAAAGAAAUCGAGAGGAUGAUUUCUAAUGGUAGACGAGUGAGAUGCUUAUGGGUUUAUUAUCAUGGUCGCGAAUCAACGUCGUCUUGCUCUGCUUUCAACGGGGUGAUGUGGGAACUUCAGAGGAAAGUGAGGCGAUUUCACCAGUCAACUGAGACCUUUUGGUUGCAUAAUGGAACCGUGGUGAAUAGAGAUUUGGUUGAGUUCAGAAAAUGGAAGCCUCCAAUGCCUCUACCCUGAGCUGUUUUGUCGGGUCAGUCUUGGCUUGCCUUUCAUGUAGAAAAAUGAUAGAAAAAAUGAAUAUUAUUGUUUCAUUUGUUAUCUUUUUUAUAUUUUCCUGUUUGGCUAAAAUAUGCCGUGAACACAGAUCUCACGAUAGUUUGCAUGA